GCCAUAAGGAAAACGUUGAGCGAACACCGUACGAGCAGAAAAGUCCAGAAAACAUUUCAGAACAUUUUCUUCCCGUAUUUAAAUAUUGAGCGGCUAAUUUUUCCUCAUCGUCAUUUGCUGUAACGGAAGAAAAAACACGAGAGUCGGAUAAUAGCGGAGAAAGUUUGCAGUUCGCUGCAAAACAGCUGAAGAAAGUGAGGGAGCAUGUCUCUGCCCAAGAGAGAGGUGGAUGAGCUGAGGCCAUGGGUGGAGCGCACAGUAAAGAAGGUCCUUGGCUUUUCUGAACCCACAGUGGUAACUGCUGCAUUACACUGUGUGGGAAAAGGCCUGGACAAGAGAAAAACCACGGACCAGCUUAGGCCAUUUCUUGAUGAUUCGGCAAGCAGCUUUGUGGAGCGUCUGUUUGAGGCUCUGGAGGAGAGCAGAAACUCUCGAGGCAGUAAAGGAGCAGGAGAGAAGAACCGCAAAAGAGAACUGAGGGAUGUGUUUGGAGAUGAGGUGGAAGGAGUGAAGGAAAGAGAGAGUGUUGAAUCAGCUGUAAAGAAGAAGAGAGCUCCUCGCUUUGAGGAGGUGGAGGAACCAGCUGUUAUACCUGCACCCCCUACAGAGAGCCCUGGCAUGCUCACCAAGAUGCAGAUCAAGCAGAUGAUGGAAGCAGCCACACGGCAGAUUGAGGAGAGGAAGAAACAGUUGAGUUUUGUGGCUCCAGCUCCCAUUGUACAGCCUAGACUUCCGGUGACUUCCCCUCAGACAGACCCCAGUUCUACACGUCCUGUCCCAUCGGUGGGAUCAACCCAGUCUAUCGCACCCUCCCAGGCAGCUAACUUCAUGAAUGACGCUAUAGAGAAGGCCCGGAAGGCAGCUGAGCUACAGGCCAAGAUCCAGUCCACGCUAUCCAUAAAACCAGGGAUUCUAGGUGCUUUGAACAACACGGGGCCACAUAACCUGGUGGCCUUGGCCAACCUACACGCCAUGGGCAUUGCACCACCUAAAGUGGAGCCUCGUGAGAUUACAAAACCAACGCCCCUCAUUUUAGAUGAGCUUGGACGAACUGUUGACGCCAGUGGCAAAGAAAUUGAGCUCACACAUCGUAUGCCCACCCUAAAAGCAAACAUCAGAGCAGUUAAGAGGGAGCAAUUUCGACAGCAGUUAAAGGAAAAGCCAAGCGAUGAUCUGGAAUCCACAUCUUAUUUUGACCCACGUGUACCCCUCGCUCCGGCACAAAGAGUCAAAAAAGGUUUCAGAUUCUAUGAACAGGGCCGCUUUGAGAAGAUCGCUCAACGCAUACGCACCAAGUCUCAGCUGGAGAAGCUACAGAUGGAGAUCGCUCAGGCUGCUAAGAAGACAGGCAUUCAGGCCUCCACUAAACUGGCUCUUAUUGCCCCUAAGAAGGAGUUAGGAGAGGGGGAGAUUCCUCAUAUAGAGUGGUGGGACUCCUAUAUCCUGCCGUCCAACAUAGAGCUAUCUGCAAAUACAAAUUUGGAUGGGAUUGAGAUGCAUGGAGUCACUAACCUGGUUGAGCACCCCAUUCAGAUGGCCCCUCCAGUGGAUGCAGAUAUGCCGGUGACCCUGGGUGUAUAUUUGACCAAGAAGGAACAGAAGAAGUUGAGGAGACAGACUCGCAGGGAAGGCCAGAAAGAACUCCAGGAGAAGGUCCGAUUGGGCCUCAUGCCUCCACCUGAACCCAAAGUACGUAUCUCUAAUCUGAUGAGGGUUUUGGGGACGGAGGCUGUGCAGGACCCCACUAAAGUAGAGGCUCAUGUUAGAGCACAAAUGGCCAAGAGACAGAAGGCACACGAGGAGGCGAACGCAGCACGUAAACUCACAGCAGAACAAAGGAAAGAGAAGAAGGUCAAGAAACUCAAGGAGGAUUUAAGUCACGGGGUUCACAUCGCUGUUUACAGGAUCCGAAAUCUGCAUAACCCAGCCAAGAAAUUUAAGGUGGAGGCCAACGCAAACCAGUUGUACCUUACCGGUACAGUGGUGCUACACAAAGAUGUCAACAUCGUAGUAGUGGAGGGAGGACCCAAAGCACAGAAGAAGUUUAAACGGCUGAUGCUGAAUAGGAUCAAAUGGGAUGAGCAAAAUUCAAAGAGAGAUGAGCCUGAAGGGUCCGAUGAUGAUUCCAGGAAGAAUAAUAAAUGCACCUUGGUUUGGGAGGGCACAGCCAAGGAACGUAGCUAUGGAGAGGUUAAGUUUAAGCAGUGUCCCACAGAGAACAUGGCUCGGGAACAUUUUAAGAAGCAUGGCACCGAGCACUACUGGGACUUAGCUCUGAGUCAAAGCGUGCUGGAGACAACCGAUGAUUGAGACAUGAACUGAACGGAGCAGAAACUGAAUAAGCACGAAAACUCAGUGGAGUCUGUGCCAUGUGCACAACUAUUUUUUUGUUUUUGAGAGAAGUGGAAUUGACUGACAGUGAGAAACGUGUAAAUAUAGCUCGAGUGUGAGAGAUUGUUGUUGAGUGUGUUUUGCGUGCCUGUCGUACAGGUGUGAAACAAUGCAAAGCUUAAGAACAAGAGUUGUGUGAUUAAGUUGUUACUCUGCUUAUACUGAAGAACCAAUGUUGGCAGAUUGAACAAAGACUUUAUUGGAUGUAAAGUUUUUGUAUCUCCUGUAACGGUCUCUUUUAAUCAGCUGUCUGUGAUCCUGUUCUAUGGCUUCCACCUUGGAUCUACCUUGUUUGAGCACUGCAUCACUUGCUCGCAAUGUCUUGAUGCAGUCUUUUAAGUAAGCAAGAAAGCCUCACUUCUGUAAUGAGCAGUUUGACACUGUGUAGUUUAUUACUCAAUGAGCAGACGUGUUUCAGUGCACAACGUAAAGUAUUGGUUUCUGUAUAACACACAAGGGUUGUUUUUAAAGUGUUGCUAUGCUUUUACAAAAAAGGAGGAUUUUUGUUUACAUUUUGGUUCGCAUAUACCAAUAUCCAGUAGUGAGAGAGAACCUGGCUUGCUAAAUCUGUUUCUCACAUUGUGUUCUUUUGUUCCCUAUUGUUUUUCCCAUUUGUUUUCUUUUGACAAGGACUCAAAUGCAGAUCUCAGCUGUACAUAAACUGCAACUAACCGAAUGCUGGUGAUUAAAAACCAAGUUUGUUUCUUUUAAAAUGUUAAAGUCUUUGUUUACUAAGAGCAAGAUUAAAUACACAUGUUGUGUGACCAGUAUGAUUUAUGAGAUAGGGUAACCAUUGCAAGUGUCUGACAUGUACUGGUCAUUGAAGUUGCCAGUUUAGGACCAGUGAGGAGUCUGUUUCUCAAACUAGAGACUCUGGUGUACUUGUCCUCUUGUUGUUGUGCACCUGGGCCGUCAACUUCUCUGUCCUUGCUAUAUCCAGUUUGAUUUCUUCUUUCAAGACAGUAUAAGUGCAUGGAAUAGCCUUCAUCUCUCAAAAAAUAAUAGACUGAUGAAAUUCAGGAGAAAUGUGUUUCUUUUUGACCAUUUUUAUAACCAAAAAUUGACUUGCAAGUGUAAAGUGGCUUUUAAGAGCUUGAAAGUACUCAAUACCUGGAAAAAGACAUGGUAUUGCAAUUUCCACAGCCAUUUUCAGUGUCUGAGUACCAAGUUAGCAUAUUAGAAUAAUUUCUUAAUGUGAUAAUUCACCCCAAAAAUUAAAUCUGUUAAAAUUCUCCCUCAUGUCACUCCAAACCUGUAUGCAUUUAUUUCUUCUGUGGAGCACAAAAGAAGAUAUUGCGAAAAAUGUUUAUUUUGUCCAUGAAAGUCAAAACGGUCCAUUUACUGUUGGGGCCCCAUUGACUCAUUCAACAGUUGACACAUUCUUCAAAAUAUCUUUUGUGUUAUGCAAAAUUAAAAAAUGCAUACAGGUUUGGAUUGAAAUGAGGGUGAGUAAAUGAUGACAGAAUUUUCCAUUUUAGGUGAACUAUCCAUUUAAAAAUUUCUUAAUGACACAUAUUUUUUCUUUAUAGACUGAUGUAAUGGCUGCUGAAAAUGGGGCUUUAACAUCAUGGGUCAUUUUUUUUAAUUUUUUUUUUUUAAAUAAAUAAAAAUAUAAUACACUCAUUCCAAGCAGUAAUAGUAAUUUGCAACAGUACUGAUGUUGCUGCAUUCUACGUCAAAUGUAAAUCAAGUCAAUCACUGAAACAUCAGCACCACCUUGAGUAAGAAAGAGCAUGUAUAAUAUGUAUGUGUACACGCAUAUGGGAUACUGAUAAUUCACCACUUACAGACAAUCUGUGAUAUUGUAGUCAUUUGUAUGAAUAUAGUACUCAUUUUUCUUGUAAUAAAGACAUAUAUAUCCUUUGAUAGUAAACUUCUAUAGAUACGUAAUAACUAAAAUGAUUUAUGGAAGCGCAAAAAAGCGACAUUAUUACAUAUCUCGGGUCUUUACUUUGGUGAUUAAGCAGUUAUAAAAAUGAAUGUGAUGAAACAUGUCAAAAACAUCUUCAGGUUUCAACCUAAAAUCAAAAGAAAGAAAGAAAAUAUUUUGCAUAAAGAAAAUUAAGGUUGUUUAUUUAUUUUGCAUUGUAAGAUUGUUUUCAUGAGAUGUAAGCACACCCACCCAACACCACAACUGUAAUAAAAGAAAGAAAAAAAAAAUCUCAUUACUGUGAAAUGUAAAAAAAAAAAAUAUAUUACAUUUUCAUAAUAUCACGUUUAUAAUACUACCUUCAGUUUAUGCUGAUUAAAAUAAUUGUAUUACUGUAUACUUAUUACUAUAUAUGUAGCUUACUAUAUAUAAUAAACGGUCAGUUUGGUUUUUCAUAA